AUGCAGAUCCUCCUCCUAGGCGCAACAGGCCGCACAGGCCUCCUCGUCCUAAAAGAAGCCCUCGACCGGAACCACAGCAUAACAGCCCUAGCCCGCAACCCAGAGUCCCUCUCCUCCAACCCAGCCGUCGCCAAACACCCGUCGUCCGCCAACCUGACCAUCAUCCAGGGGUCACCCUUGAACAAAUCCGACAUCUUGAAGGCCCUGCUGUCCACACCCCAGAAAGCCCCAGUGGACGUGGUGAUAACAACCCUCAACCCCCGCCGCACAAGCGACAGCCCCUUCGCGGCCGUGGACCCGACCGACUCCCCGCCGCGGAUGAUGGCCGACGCGAUGGCGGGGCUCCUAGCGGCGCUGGACGAGCACAACACCAAGACCAAGACCAACAACAACGAUAAGAGGCCAAAGAUAGUCGCCCUGUCCGCCCUCGGCGCGGGCUCCUCGGCCGCCAACACCAACUGCGUGCUGCGCCUGCUCUUCCGCAAGAGCAACAUGGUGUACACGUACGAGGACCACGACGCGGUGGAGCAGGAGCUGGUGCGGCAGCGCAAGGAGCGCGAGGGCACCGCGGCGGGGGCCGUGCCCUACGUGCUCGUGCGGCCGACGCGGCUUGUCGAGGAGGGCGAUGGCGCUGCAAAGGUAUUCGGCGGGGACGGGACGGUCGGGGUGAUGGCGACCAUCUCGCGGGGCGCUGUGGCGAAGUUUCUGGUCGACGCUGCGGAGAAGAGGGAUUGGGACUGGAAGGCGCCGAUCAUUGUUGGUUGA